AUGUCGGCAGCCGUUGCCUUGGCUCUGGAGAAGAUUGAGAUCCUUAAAGCGUUUUCUGAUGAGACACCAGACAAGGAAGUUGAGAAAGACGUUGAACAGAAGUCGGAGAAGUUGAAUUAUGAAACCAGGCGCUAUUAUUUGGAUCUCAAGCAAAACGUUUCUUGCGAAUUGCGCAAACCGAAAAGGAAAAGGGCGAUCUCUUACAACGUUUGCAUGUCUCGAAGUCAGAUGGUGAUUCCCGGAGAGGAGGCUAAACGGUUUCGCGGUGAAGGCGGCAAGAUGUUCUACUCGCUUGAUUUAUUAUUGCAAAACAGUGAAGCAAGCUUCCGCACCUCGAUCAACGUUCCAUUUAUUCGUUGGCGAAAUUCCGAGGGGCUCUCAGCAAGAUCUUCGACGGCUUUGAAAAAGUUCCAACGGAGGAGA